UGUGUGUGUGUGUGUGACACAGAGGAGGAGGAAGACGUGUGUGUGUGUGUAUCCACUGACUGACUGACUGUUUAUCGUUGUAGUUGAACCGGACAGUUAUGGGAGCUGUACUGGGAGCCUUGUCCUGCGUGAGUUGGGUGCCAUGUCUGUGCAGCAGUGCAACAUGUCUGAUGUGCAGCUGCUGUCCAAACAGCAGAAACUCCACUGUGACCAGAAUCAUCUAUGCCGCCAUCCUGCUGCUUGGGACCAUUGUGGCGUGCAUUAUGCUGUCGCCGGGUGUGGAUGAGCAGCUAAAAAGAAUCCCAGGCUUCUGUAAAGAAGGUGCAGGCUCUUCUAUCCCCGGCCUGAACGCAGACGUCAACUGUGAAAUGUUUGUUGGCUACAAGGCUGUGUACCGUGUCUGCUUUGGAUUGAGCAUGUGGUUCUUGAGCUUUUCCAUCCUCACGAUUAAUAUCAAGAACAGCAGAGACCCCCGUGCUGCCAUUCACAACGGAUUUUGGUUCUUUAAGUUUGCUGCCUUGGUCGCAGUCACAGUUGGCGCCUUUUACAUUCCAGAUGGGCCUUUUACCUUCGUGUGGUUUGUGGUGGGCUCUGCUGGAGCUUUCUGUUUCAUUCUGAUUCAGCUGGUGUUGCUGGUGGACUUUGCCCACUCGUGGAAUGAGUCCUGGGUGGACAGGAUGGAGACUAGCAGCUCCAGAGUCUGGUAUGCAGCUCUGCUGGUGGUUACAGUGCUCAACUACAUACUGUCGUUGACUGCAGUUGUACUGUUCUUCAUCUUCUACACUAAGCCUGAUGGAUGCUUCGUCAACAAGUUCUUCAUCAGCUUCAACAUGUUGUUCUGCAUAGUGGCCUCGGUUGUCUCUGUGCUGCCCAAAGUACAGGAAUCCCAGCCACGUUCAGGUCUUCUACAGUCCUCCAUGAUCACCCUGUACACCAUGUUUCUGACCUGGUCUGCCAUGACGAAUGAGCCUGACCGAGCAUGCAACCCCAGCCUGCUGAGUAUCUUCCAACAGAUCGCAGCUCCCACGCUGACUCCUCUGGAGAUGGAGAACCAGACAGCUGUGGUGAUCAUUGGCACAGAGGAACCUGUCCUCAACUCUCCAUACCUGCAGUGGUGGGAUGCUCAGAGUAUUGUGGGGCUUGUCAUAUUUGUGCUGUGCAUCCUCUACUCCAGCAUUCGUUCAUCCAGCACCAGUCAGGUGAACAAGCUGACCAUGGCCUCCAAAGACUCAGCCAUCCUGGCUGAGAGCGGCAGCAGCCCCGACCUCUCAGAGGAGUUGACUGCACCCAGGCGGGUGGAGGAUAAUGAGCAGGACCUGGUUCAGUACAGCUACUCCUUCUUCCACUUCAUGCUCUUCCUGGCCUCACUGUACAUCAUGAUGACCCUCACCAACUGGUACAGUCCUGAGGCAGACUAUACUGUCACCAGCAAGUGGCCAGCAGUGUGGGUGAAGAUCUCCUCUAGCUGGGUGUGUCUGACUCUGUACAUCUGGACACUGGCGGCCCCCUUGAUCCUCACCAACCGAGACUUCAGCUAAGACUCCAGCUAUAAUGCCUAAAUAUUACAGUCAGAUUUCUUUUCUUUUCUUUUUUUACACUUUUAAUGUGUCACAUGAAAAGAAAUUGGGUGUUUUGUCUGUAGUCUCUUUCCAAACUUUGUACAUCAACAUAGCAUUCUCUAUGCUCUAACAACAUUCAGAAUAAUUGAUGAGUAAAAUCUUUAUUUUUAACAAUAAGAACGUUCUAUUACAAUAAUCUUUAUUACAGUAUUUACACUGUUUGUCAGUUGUGAGUGAAUAGUUUACUGAUAUGCCUUCCAAUGCCCAAUGUGUCUUUAAAAAGGUAAACUAUAAGAGUCAUGUUAAGUACAAUGAUGUAGUAAAUCUGAUAAUGACGCAUUUCUACAUUAUGACUUGAAGUCCGUUUACAUUUCUGCCAAACAUGAUAUUAUGGAGCGUCUUUAAGAUAUGAUUGUAAAGUUUCAGUUUAGAAAAUGAACCCAUACAGUGUCAGACCAUAGAUGUAUUAAUCGAAAUGAUAUGGAAGAGCUUUUUCUGAUAUUUCUUUUAAUAUUUUUUCAUUUUGUUUAAUGGUGAAAUAUGUUUAUUAAUCAUUGGUCAAAUGCCUUUGUAAGCCAAAGUGAUUGACUGUACUAUCUGAUUAUUUCUUUGAAAGUUUCUUUUGUUUAAAAGGUAAAUGUUUCGUUCCCUUUGACUCACAAGAACAAGUUCAUGUACAGAAGGAAAAAGUAAAUACCUUACACAAAGACACAAAUAUAAGAGGCAGAGUCAGUCCAACGAUAGAUGUGACAAGCAGCAGACUGACGACUCUUUAUCAUCAUGUUUCAGUUCUACCUGGUUUAUUCUUUGUUCACUAACAGUUUGGUAAUAUAUUUUCAAUUGUUACAGGGAAGUAAUAUUAUUGUAAUACCAUCCAAGAAUAAUCAAAAAGUAAAGGUAAUAAGUAGUAGAGAGUGUUUAUGGCAAUUAAUUCGAUUCACAAACAUUUUCCUGUGGCGAUUUUACAUUGAUGGUGGGCCAUAGUAAUUCUCAUGACCAAGCCAUAACCUUGAUAGUACUUUGGAAAUAACAUGGUAUUACUUUAUUGUUUUUAAAAAUUGGAUGGUAUUACCAUAAUGUUGACCCCUUUUACAAAGUUAAAACCAUACCAUUACAACAUUGUUAUUGUAAAGUGUUACCCUUUGUUCUCCUUCUGCCUCAGUUAGUCACUCCUUGUUUUUUAUGGUCUUCCUCAUAAAUCUGAAGAUUCCUCCACCAUAAACCGCCAGGAUUA